GAUCCCUCUCUGGGGGGGGGUGCUCAUCACCAUCGCCGACACCUUCGUCUUCCUCUUCCUCGACAAAUACGGCCUGAGGAAGCUCGAGGCGUUUUUUGGGCUCCUCAUCACCAUCAUGGCCCUGACCUUUGGAUAUGAGUACAUCACGGUGAAGCCCAACCAGCAGAAGCUGCUGCAGGGUCUGUUCAUCCCCUACUGCCAGGACUGUGGCACCCCACAGCUGGAGCAGGCCGUGGGCAUCGUGGGCGCCGUCAUCAUGCCCCACAACAUGUACCUGCACUCCG